AUGGUGCAAUCAAGGAAGUUCAGAGGAGUCAGGCAGCGCCAGUGGGGCUCUUGGGUGUCAGAGAUUCGCCAUCCAUUACUUAAGAGGAGGGUGUGGCUAGGCACAUUUGAGACAGCUGAGGCAGCAGCAAGAGCAUAUGACCAAGCAUCCAUAUUGAUGAAUGGUCAGAAUGCCAAGACCAAUUUUCCCAAUGACAACGCCCCAUCUGCCGAUCGAGACUCCAAAACUGCUGAUCAUCUUCCUCAGGGUCAUCAGCUUCCAUGGGAUCCCAAAGAACUGGCAGAGCUUCUCAGCUCCAAGCUCAAGAAGUGUUGCAAAGACCCAUCUCCAUCCCUCACUUGUCUGAGGCUUGACAAUGACAAUUCUCACAUUGGAGUCUGGCAGAAACGCCCUUCUGGAUCAAGAGCCAGCUCUAACUGGGUCAUGAGAAUUGAGCUGGGGAAGAAGAAGAAGCAAUGCAACACAACAGAUAUUGAAAAUGAAGAUGGAUCAAGAUCAACAUCAUCAUCAACAUCUUUAAUAAGUGAAUUAUCAGCUGGAUCAAUUACUAACGAGGCUGGAAUUGCAAUUGAAGAAGCUGAUGAGGAUCAUGGUGAAGAGGAUAAGCUUGCAAUGCAAAUGAUAGAGGAAUUACUCCAGUUGAGUAGUUAUCCCAUUCCUUCACCUACAAGUAAUGUUCAAGGAGGGAACUGA